AUGUCGCCACCCCUCCUGUCCAAGCCCAAAGAAGGCGAAGUCCUACAACUCUACUUAGCCGUCAGCUCAACAGCAGCCAGUGCGGUCCUAGCUCGAGAAGACAAAACGCAACAGCUACCUAUUUAUUACAUCAGUAAGUCACUACUAGAAGCAGAAACCAGGUAUUCCUCCCUCGAAAAACUCGUUUUAGCACUCGUUACCGCAGCCAAAAAGCUAAGGCAUUAUUUUGAAACUCACCAAAUAGUGGUGAUGACUAAUUAUCCAAUCAAGUAUGUGAUGCGUAGACCAGAACUGACAGGUCGAAUGGAGAAGGGGACAAUGGCACUAGGAAGUUUCGACAUCAAAUACCAACCGAGAACGGCUGUAAAAUCGCAGGCCCUAGCAGAUUUUGUGGCAGACUUCAGCCCCGACUUAGAGAAGUUAGCAGACGACGAAGUCAAACUCAUCAACAACGUAGAAGAAAUAUGGACACUCUUCGUCGACGGUUCAUCUAAUUUUCGUGGUGCAGGUCUAGGCGUCGUACUAAAGUCGCCACAAGGGGACAUGAUAGCACAGGCCAUCUGCUGCGAUUUCAAGGCAACAAACAACGAAGCAGAAUACGAGGCGCUAAUCGCUGGAAUGACGUUAGCUGAGGAAUUGGGGGCAAGAGGACUCAACAUCUUCAGCGACUCACAACUCAUCGUCAACCAGAUUAACGGCGACUACGAGGCUAAAGACCUAAAAAUGACCUUAUAUCUCGAGAAAGCAAAAAAGCUAACCUCCAAAUUUAAACCCUUCUCCAUCAAACAAGACGUAUUAUUUAAGCGAUCAGCAAACGGAAUGUUGAUGCGAUGUGCUGAGAAAACCGAGUGGGAAAAGUUACUGAAACAAUACCACGAAGGAGAAUGCGGAGGACACGAAGGAGGGCGAAGCUUAUCAACCAGAAUCAAAAGGAAUGGGUAUUAUUGGCCAGCAAUGCUUAAAGACGCCAUGAGGACAAAAGGUCUUCAUGCUAGCUCUAACAGACUAUUUUUCCAAGUGGAUAGAAGCAGGUUCGGAAUACCAUCAGAAAUCAUCUGCGACAACGGAACACAGUUCAUCAGCGACAAGACAAGGGCUUUCUGCAAGAAAUGGAACAUCGAGCUAAAGACGUCGACGCCUAGAUACCCCCAAGAGAACGGACAGGCGGAAUCCAACAACAAAACGAUCAUCGCGUCGCUGAAAAAGCGACUGGACGACAAGAAGGGACGAUGGGUAGAAGAACUGCCAUCCAUCCUAUGGGCCAAUAGGACGACACCUAGGACGGCGACGGGACAGACUCCCUUCUCACUCGUUUACGGGUGCGAGGCAGUGCUGCCCCCGGAAGUGACGUUGCCCAGUGCACGAUAUGGACUCAUGACACCAGAGCAAAACGACGUGGAACUCAGUGAAAACCUCGACAACACAGAAGAUUUCAGGGAAGCAGCGUUGAUAAGAAUGGCGUCGCAACAACAGAUCGUGGAAAAAUGCUUCAACAAGAACGUCAAAGUAAAAAUGUUCAUGGAAGGCGACUGGGUGCUGCGCAAAGUAUUUCAAAACACGAAGGAACUAAACGCAGGUAAACUCGCACCAGCAUAG